CUGUUGCAACACAACUGGACUAGAGUCCAGAGUCUGCAAAAAGAAUUCGUACUGAAGAACCCAAGUAUUCCAAAUCUCAACUGGGGAAAAUAUGGAGAAUUACUGUAGAGCAGUGGAACUCCUCUGAGGUCUGCACACAAGAUAUCAGUUGGAGACUUACAUGUUCCUGACACUUCCUGAAGAAGUCAACUAGCAGGUGGUGUGUGACUUAUGAAAUGUGUAAAAAUGACAUCUGGAUAAGGAGGUCGAAUUCUUAGGAAAUAGGUUGGGGGAGGUAUAGUUGAUUUUUGAGGUAACUUAACUUGUUCUAUAUGGCAACAUUCCUUACCAGUUCUUACCUAAAAGCAGGCUCUAGCUUCUCACCUUUCAGAUUGAAAUGGGAAGGAAUUUUUACUUCUAAGUGCUUGACUGUAUCACUGGACAAAAACUGGGUUUUUUUAUGUAUUGAUCUUGUUUUCAGAUAUAAUGUGUUUUACCUUGGUUCUGUACACGCUCAGUGAUAUAGGGAGAGGUGGGAAAGAGCUAGAUGCAUCAGCAUUCAAAGGCUGAGUGUCACAGAAACACUACAGUAUUGACUUCAGUAUCUGUAUUAAAGAGCCCUUUACAUGAGCUCGGGCUGAUGUUGGUCAUGCAAAGUUCUGAGCAAAUUGUAUGAAUUUAGUACUUGAUUGUACUAAACACAGUAUUAAGAGUAAGUGUUUAACUUAGUAGAAGACAACUAAUUUUUGAAGUCCGUCUGGUAAGUGGAGAGCUAAGUUGGGAACAAGUUGUGUGACAGGAACACACUAAAUAACUUGCAUUUUCCUACCUGAGAGCAGGUGGAGGACAAGUACCACUCAGUGAGGGCCUUUUUACCUUUACUUCCCUUUUCCAGUUACAGUAGUUUUGGUUGCUUCCCAUUUGACACCUCUUUAGUUAUGGAGAGCUAAAAGGUUAAAACAAGUUCUGCAUUGCUUUUGCAUUGAAAAAAUGAAGACUUUAAAAUUUAUGUCAUGACUUAGUAGGGCAGGAUGGAUAGCCCUGUGCUGUAUCUGUUGGUGCUGAGAAUGUGAAGAGAAGGAAAAUGCGCCGUGUUGCAAUUAGUAGUUAAUUUCCUGUUACUUGCUGACAAGGCAUGACUAUUUGCACAAAAAGCAGGCUGUAUCUUUGAAGAAAUUUGUUUACCUUAAGGGCUUUUCCUGUCUCAUUUUCAAACUUCUGUCUCUGGAGUAUAACUUAAUUCCUUAUUUAUUCCUUGACUACUUAUUGUUCAUCUUGAAUGAUUCAGCAGAAGUGAAUGCAUCAGCUUCCCUUAGAAUUAGAUGAGAGGAGUUGUCAGGUAUAUAAGAACCCCAAAUCCUGUCUGCUUGUAUGGAGAAUAAUUGUAAAAGAUCUUACAGUAGCAGACCCAUAACUUUUGAAUUCAAGUUUUCAUUCCAAAAAUGGACAUUGUUCAGAUUGGAAAUGCCACCUUGUCUAGUCCCCCAAAAAUAUAAUCUUGAGUCAGACACAUUACUAAGCUUUCCUCUAAAACAGUCACAGAUGGCAGCCUGUGCAAGUAGACCUUGGCUGGUGUGGGCUGAAGAAGUAGCUUGGGGAGUAUUUGGAGAUUUACCAGAUGUUAACUACCUUUAGUUAGAGGUGGGUGAGUCUGCUGGGGCUGUGUAACCUCUGCAAGGAGAGGUGAUCCUCAGCAGGCUUUGCUAGACAGCAUUUCCUGCUUUAUAGGGAAAUGUAACUCAGGUUUCAUCUCUUCAUAGUAAUAAAAAUGUCAGUUGAGUUUCUUUGGAAGUGCUGGGAGGGGGUGAGUGGGGGAGGAGAAAUCCAGUAAACUGAACAGAAAGAUUGCAAACGUUCCCAGGCAUUGCCAGCUGGCUAUAGAUUUUUCUUGGCUCUUGUUGCAAGUCCUCUUGAACUGUAUGAUAUGCAAAGGCUCACAAUGGCCCCAUAAGCAAAUUCUUUGAGGGAAAGGAUAAUGCUGUCGAAGCUCAAUGGCUUUUACAUCAAUUAAGCUACAAGGAGAGGUGAAUUUUUGUAGCAUAAAUUACAAGGCUGUGUGUUUGCAGAAGACUUUGGUCUUAAUUUACUUUUAUUUACAGACUCCCUCGUGUGUUUGUGUCAGUGAUACAGUCAGACAACUCCCUCUGUCCCUUGACAAGCAUACUAAGUGCAUGCCUGCAAUCUGGAAAGUCAGUUUGAUGCCAUCUGGUCAAGUGCUAAUGAGGCUGCUGGAAUGCUGGUGUCAAAUGUUACCUUAACCUAAGCAAACUCCAUGUGAGAUGAUGCUAGACUUUUCCUAUACCUUUCAUAUGCUGGCACAGUUGAACUCUGAACAUGCGAGUGAUCAUGAGUUUUAUCAGCUGCUCUGGGUGAAAAUGUGGUGGGGCAUUCUGUCACAAGGGACUGCAGCAGUAAUUUGGGGGUAGUACCAAUGUGCAAAGACAGCCAUAUACUGAACUUCUUUCCUGUAGUAGCUCCAAAUGACAAGGGCUUUACGUCUGUUAAGUGCUCAUGAGACUUCCACUUGAUCUUAAAGCUUCAAUUAUUUCAUAUGAAUCCUUUCACAAUGUCUUCAAAUACUUUUGCCUAUGAGGAGGACUGAUCCCUGGUGAUUUUUCUUUGAAAAGGUGUAUAGAUGUGUCACAACUGUAGUAGUGUAAUAGAACUUCCUUGAAGUUUUGGGUGGUAAGUGCUUGUAUUAAUAGGGCAACUUGAUGUAUGAUAACCAUGUCUGAGUAGCCCCUCUUGAGUGUAAGUGGGAGCAACUGGUGAGUUUCAGUGUAUGAUCUCAUGCCAAGCAGCAUUCAAAGGAAAUCCUAUCACUCCUGCCUUGUGGACUGAAAGAAUCAAUUUCCUAUUCAUUUGUUCUUCCUGAAUUUUCAAAUGGUUGGCCUGAGUUUGAGUCUCAAUUACAUCUGAAGGUCAGAGCAAUGCUGAAAAGCUACACCUCUUUCCAGUGGGAUGUACUAUCUAGGCCACUGGGCGUUUAUCAGAAUGACAGGAAAAAGAUGACUAUUACAGAAAGUUAUGAAGCCUCGUAAAAUGAAGGCUGGUGGUGAGGCUGAGGGAAUGUGAGUUUCUCUGUCUCCAGUAGGAGCUGACUGCAGCACUGAUCGGUGUGAAUAAUUCACUGCAGUUUAACAAAGUGCCUUUGCCCUGCCCCUUACUGCCUGCCUUGAGGGUGCUAGUGUGAAAACCCUGGUGACAUGAACAUCUAUGUACUAGUGCUCUGUUCCCUACAGAGGUACAAGUAAAGGACCUUAUUUAUGUAUUGGCAUAAAGUGGAGAAAGUUUGUUGGAUUUGUUAGGUCUAUGAGUUCAUGUAUCCCCUCUUCUUCCUUCCAGUUACUCUGUCUUGUUUUCAGGAAAAUCAUUGUUAAGCUUAGUGUCAUGCAGUUGCUACUUGGUGUUGCUAAAUGAUUAAUAGCUAACAUUUCUAAUUAUUGUAUAUUGAGUUAACAUGUGUGGCUCAGUUGUGAUCUGCCCCUGGAGCAGCAAAAGUAGAAUUAAAUCCAAGCACUGAGAAGAUUAUUCCAGUUUCAGAGAUGACUAACAGAAAAAGCACAACUGCUGCAGUGAAUGCUGCUUAUCAAUUUUUAUACAAAAAAAAAAUUAGUUCAACAUCACUAAUGAAGUAGAACGCCAGGUUUUACACAGUUGCAAAUAAAGUUAAUACUGUAUUGGUGUGGCCACACUGAUCUUUCCCACUGUACAUCUCAUGUACUGCACAGAAGAGGUAGGAAGGAGAGCUUCAGAGGGCCGAGGUGCUGGGGCAAUGCUAAGAUGUUUAGAUGACAAAUUGAUAUCUUCACAGAGAGAGAUCUAUAAGCUGUGUUUUACCAGGACUGUCUUAACGCUUAAUAAAGUUGUUUCCUAUUUUCUUGGGUAAACAGAUACUGUUAUGUGAAGCAAAGGGGAUAGGACACAUCAUUAUGCUGCCCUGGGAGAGAGGAGGGGUUGCACUUGGCAUGCUUGUAUGCAUGUCUGUACCAUGGAGGAGUCCUAUCUGCUGCGUCUCCUUGCCACUUUAGGAGUUUCUUGGGGUGCCCUGGGAGGCCUAAUAAGGGCUGGUUAGUGAGGCAGCUCUUUCAUUAGCUAGAACAGCAUUUGUGAUGGCCUGCAAUAAACUAAGCUCCUGCAAUUGAGUCCAGAUGCUUAUUUUUUAAAGAGUUUGGGUGUUGGAAAUAGUCAUCCUGCAGAAAAAUCUGAUUGGAAGAUGCUGAUACCAUUGGAUGCUAUGCUAAACCAAAGGGAAAAUCAGAGCCUUGUCAUCUUUUCUUGUCACCUUCUCUUAAGAUUUUUUAAUAACCAUUGUGUUUUUAAACCGGUAUUGUGUUUAAUCCUCUUAUAGAUACAAAGAUAAUGCCAACUGACUAUGCAAAGUGUAGAAAAAUUUCCUGGAUGCUCCUAAAAUGCAUUAGCAUAUUUUUCCUGUUUUCUAAAAACUUUUUAUUGAACUUCUGCAACCAGUUGGAUUUUAUCUGCAUGGUUUUGGUUUGGUUUGAUUCCAAGAAUUCUACUUGUAGUUGUGUCAAUGUGGUAUUUAACCUAAAUUUAAAGGGUGAAGAAAAGUUGUGUAGUGGGUCAAGCUGAAGUAGCUGGCCUAACUGGUGUCUUGCUGUGUAGAAAUGUAGAAUGGGUUGGGUUUCAAGGGACCUUAAGGAUAAUCUACUCUAGCCCUCCUUGCUGUGGGCAGGAAUACCUUCCUCUAGAUAAGGUUGUUUAAAGCCCCAUCUAAACUGGCCUUGAGCAUCUCCAGAGAUGGGCAUCCACAACUUUUCUGGGAAACCUGUUCCAGUUUCUCACUAGUGUCACAGUAAAGAAUUCACAGUAUCUGAUAUAAACCUGCCUCUUUGUGUUUGAAGCCUUUCUGCCUGGCCCUAUUGCUACAUGUCCUUGUAAAAAGUCCCUCUCCAGCUUUCUUUUAGCCCUACACCUUUUAGGUAAUGGAAGGUGCUCUAAGGUCUCCUCAGGAGCUUUCUACAGGCUGAAGAAGCCUGACCCUUUCAGCCUUUGUUCAUUAGAAAGGUUCUCCAGCCCAGUUCUGAUCAUGUUCAUUAGCGCUCCUCUGGACUUAUUCCAACUGGUCCACAUUUUUAUGUUGGGGGUCCCGGGGCUGGAUGCAGCACAGCAGGUAGGCUCUCAUCAGAGAGGAGUAGAGAGACAGAAUCAACCUGCUGUCAGUGUUUCUUUUGAUGCAGGCCAGGAUGUGGUUGGAUUUCUGGGCUGCAAGGGCACAUGGCUGGCUCGUUUUGAGCCUCUCAUCAGCCCACAAGUUCUUCUCAGGGCUGUUCUUGAUCCAUUCUCUGCCCAGUCUCUGUUUAUUCUUGGGAUUGCCUGCCCCAGCCCAGGUGCACUUGGUGUUGUUGAACUUCAUGAGGUUUGCUCAGACCCAUCUCUUGAGACUGUCAAAAGAGUCUCCCAUUUCCUUGCAGAGAGGACUCACAUUUUCCUUAGUUUUCAUUUUAUCACCAAUGUACCUAAAGAAACUUUUCUUGUUGCCUUUGAUAUCCCUGGCCAGAUUUAAGUCUCUCAUGUUAGCUUUCCUAACAUGAUCCCUUGCUCAGACAAUCUCUAUCCCUCCCAGGCUACACGUUCUUGCUUGCACCCUCUUCAGGCUUCUCUGUGCUUCAAUUUGUCCGGGAGCUCUUUGUUCCUCUGUACUGGUACACUGUGGCCUCUGGAGGCUGUCCCUCUCUAUCCAGCAAGGGUUGCUGAAAGACUUGGGAAUCAGCUCUUGAAGUGCUACAGUGUCCCAGACAGGCAUGUUAACAUAAUAAAGAACUUAAUGACCAGAGGCUGUGGUGACCUGGUGAUGACCUAAGCUGCUCCCACAUGGUCCAUGCAUCAGUACCCCAGUUUGCACAUAGUAGUAGCCUGAUUUAGAUGAUGCACCAAUAUGGCUAUACUGUUUCCAAUUGGUUUUUGGGGUGGGAAAAGGUUACUUACGCCCUUCUGUAUGGGGACUAUGCCUUUCUCUCUCAUGUGAAAGAAAACCAUGUGCUUGUUUAUUCUCCCUUUUCUAGAGAAGGCACUUUCACUGCAUGUAUAGUGUUUGCCCUUUCCUUUUGAACUCUGGUCAUUUAUGUUUGUUCUCUUUUCUGCUUCCCCAGUGUUGAGUCCUACCUUUUCUACCAACUUUCCCUGAAUGGGUCUAUUUCUAUAUUGAAUUCUGUUUCUGUCCUCAAAGUUAUUUUCCUGUGUUUACAGGGAGAAUAGAUAUGUAUGUAAAUGGAGUUGUCUUCGCCUUGGUAAUAUGAUCUUCAAAGGCUUGGACUACAGUCACUUUGCUACAUUCUUUACAUAAAAUGUUUGUCUUGGCAAGUUUCUGCCAACAAAGUGCUGUGAGGGCCCAGUCCUAAUUGCCUUCUGCUCCCACUGAACUGAUGGGGCCUGUAUGCAUUAAAAAUAGACUUUACAAUUAAAGUUGCAUGGUCCUUAGACAGUUACGUUAAUGUUCUACCAUUUUGUUCAUUUUCUACCUUUCUUUACGGAGGUAAUCUACUGAGGAAGAGAUCAUUAGCUCUUAACUUUUCAUGACCAUUUGGUGUGUGUUAAAUACAGGAGUCCAUAGCAGCUGAGGCGGAUAACCAGGUUCCAGUCCAACAUGGAAACCUGUAUGUAGGUAGUCCACAGGGAGUCCUGAGUUUGAGGCAUCACUGCCUCUUUUUGUACCUGUUUUUUUCUUUGCCAUUAAAGCUGGUCAGUGUGUGCUGUGGACUAACAAAACAGGGGCUGUCAUGGGCAAGAAGGCUGCACAGGCUUAGGGAGAGGUUUGCUGGGAGAGAGGAUAUGUAAUGUCAAGAGCAAAGCAGGAAGAGAGUACAUGAGUACUGUGCCAUCAGCUUGUACUGCAAGCCCCACCACAACACGAAAUUCUCAAUGGAGUGGACCUACACUUCAAAAGAGAUUGGAAAAGUGAUAAAGAAGUGAGCACAUGGAUGGUUCUAUUGCAGCUUUCUCUAGCCCCUCAGUCUAAAACCUUUUCUGUGUUCUGAUACUUUCCUGAUCUUGGGACUGGAAAAUGGAAAGGAAUGUCCUGCUACUGCCCUUAGCUCCUGUCCUGGUUUUCAAAUAAGAGGGCACAUACUGGGGGUUACCCAGCCUCCCAGCCCACUGGGUGCUUGCUUAGAGCAUGACCCCUCAAACAUUACCUGGAAGAACGGGGAGGAGGGAACAGUGGCACGAGAUGGAUGGUGACAGAUGAUUCACACAAUUUUCACACAAGUCUUACAAAUGCAGCAGCUUUUCAUCAAAGGAUAUUAAUUGAUAUAGUCACAAGUGGUACUCUCUAUUUGCCCUGGAAAUUGAGAGUGAAGCCAUUUAUAUCUGUUGAAGUAUAAACUGCUGUAACUGAGGGGGGUGUUCUCAAAAUCCCACUUCCCAGAAUCAGCUGGCCCCAGUUUUUUGCUGCUUGAAUGUAUAUGGAGUCUUGUGGUUUAUCCAGGCCUCAAACUAGUCUAGCUGUUUAAGGUAAAAACCAGAGUUGUACAACUAUGUAAAAGCUAUAGUGAAAUAGAGCUAAAUUUGUAUCAAAAGAUGUUUUAAAAAACCCCCAAAAAAUCAUGAAGAUGCCUGCCAUGUGGAUAAUUUAGCAUUUACAUUGUUUGUGGGUGUUCAGACAUGGCUCUGAAACAGUUGCCUGUUUUACUCAAGAAUGCAAGGGGAGUGUGUUAAUUAUCCACACAAGAUGGUCACAUUCAGUGUUGUGUUUCAUGUGUUUUCAUAUCUGCUGAAACAAAGCAAGAGAAGUGUUGUGCUGGGGCAAUGUGCAUGCAUGGCUUAGAGCUGAAUAGAUGUAAAUGGUUAAAAAGGGGUUCUCUGCUAGAGAGGAGGAGGGGAAAGUAAGUGUGCAUUCCCAAAAAAGUACAUUCCCAAAAUAAAAAGCUUACAUCAUGGACCUCUUCAGUUUUCCCACACUUCUUCCCUAAUUAUUGUCCUGCAGGACAGCUGAUCUAUUUCAAACAGGAAGCUGUUUACAGAUAACACUUGCAACUGUUUUGUCUGAUUUGUUGAACUGUCAAAAAGAAAAAGACAACCUCUUUUCAAAUUAAAAACUGUCAGACUUCUGUAAACAGCAGCAAUGAGGUUCAUCUGUGCAGUGUCCCUGCAGGCACAGAGCAUUGUGCAGUUCCCAUUCUCUCUGCAGCCAUAAGGAGUCAGUGACCUGUAAGUGCUCAUUAUGAAGAGAGAUCUGGUUUUCUUGGUGACUCUAAUUAGCCUUGCCUUCCUGUCACUGCUAAGAUCUGGAUAUUCUCAACACAUUGCAGAGGAGUCCUGCUCUGUUCAGAUUCUUGUUCCAGGCCUCAAAGGGGAGGCUGGAGAAAAGGGAGAGAAAGGUGCUCCAGGUCGUCCUGGCAGAGUUGGACCUCCAGGAGAAAAAGGAGAAAUGGGAGACAAAGGACAGAAAGGGAGCAUAGGACGGCAUGGAAAAAUUGGUCCAAUUGGUUCAAAAGGUGAAAAAGGAGAUAAUGGUGACAUAGGACCACCAGGUCCUAAUGGUGACCCAGGCAUCCCUUGUGAGUGCAGUCAGCUGAGGAAGGCUAUUGGUGAAAUGGAUAUUCAAGUAGCCCAGCUGACGACAGAGCUAAAAUUCAUAAAAAAUGCACUGCCCUCCCCCGCAGCUGUCGCCGGCGUGCGUGAGACAGACAAUAAGAUCUAUCUGCUGGUGAAGGAGGAGAAGAGGUACAAGGAAGCCCAGCUGUACUGCCACGGACGAGGAGGGACGCUGAGCAUGCCCAAGGAUGAGACUGCCAACAACCUGAUUGCCUCGUACAUCAACCAAGCAGGGCUCACCAGAGUCUUCAUUGGGAUUAACGACCUGGAGAAAGAGGGGAAUUUCGUCUAUUCUGACCGGUCGCCCAUGCAGACCUUCAACAAGUGGCGCAGCGGGGAGCCCAACAACGCUUACGACGAGGAGGACUGUGUGGAGAUGGUGGCAUCUGGGGGCUGGAACGAUGUUGCCUGUCACAUUACCAUGUAUUUUGUGUGCGAAUUUGACAAAGAAAAUGUCUAAGCUGCUCUGCUCUUUCUCUAUUGUAAGAAAAAUGCUUAAGACUAUUGUACAAGUUGCUCCAUGUUUAUAGAGUACAAGUGAAAUUUUGCAAGUAUGUGGUGUCAGGGUUGUACAGCUGUAAAUACAGUUUAGGUAUUUCAAAUAUUAGAAUUUACCCUUCAGAAGGGAAGAGCAGUAAUAAGGCAUAGCUUGGUUGGCUUUUUAUGUAGGAAAAUAUAUCUAUUUAGAUAGAAAUGUGCUCUGGGGCUAUAUUUUGCCCUUAACAACAGUUAACAAAUGUGAUUACAUGACUGUAAGAGAAGGCAGAAUUUGGCCUCUAGUUUAUAGAAUGAUUAGAAUUAGAUUCCUGAUAUUCUUUUAUCUUAAUAAAAUUUGUAGUUAUAAAUGCUAAUUACUUGUAGUGCUACAGGGAUAUUUUGGCAACAAGACAUAUUUUGUAUACUCCAGUCAAUAAGUACAAAUAUUACUGUAGGUUUUUUGAACGUUACAACUUUUUUUUUUUUUAACUGGCCAAAGCAAACCAAAAGUCAUGAUUCCUACAAUUUUGUAAUGUUUCUUCAUUGAUCUAUUCACAGAUGUAUGACCAAAAAGCAUUUAACUAAACUGAAUUUUAGUGCUGAGGGAGGACAAAGUCUAGUGACAGGUGUCCCUGCCCAUGGCAGGGGAUUGAAACUAAGUAAUCUUUAAUGUCUCUUCCAACCCAAACUAUUCCAUGAUUCCAUGAUUCUAUGCUAUGAAAAUUGUUAUAAUUUAGUAUUGAGGGUUUUCAUCCAGAUGGUGUUUUGGGCUUGGCUAAAUGUAAAAGUAACAAUUCAAUUUUCUGCAUUCCUUUGCUGAAAAUUAUUCAGUAAUGAAGUAUUUCAGGUACUAUAUAAUUCCCUAAAGUAAACAUUUCACAUUUUUUUUGAAAAUCUUGGUGUGUCUUGUUACAAAAUAAGAAAAAAUACCAUCCCUCCACAAUUUAAGGCAGACUUCAUAUAUAUGCAAUUAAGCUCAUGAAAACAAAUUAGCAAUCAGUUCCUUUUAGUAAGAAAACAGCUUAAAUAUUUACACAAAUUGUCAAAAUAAUCCCCUGAAAAGCAAAAAAGUUUCCAAAAUUUUCCUAUGUAUAUAGCAGUAAUAAAUAACUUUGCACAAAUAAUUUAUGUACCAAAUUUACAAUUGCAUGUGAUGGAAAAUGUGAUGUAUAUUUACAAAAAAAACCACCCCAGCAUAAUUUCACAAAAGAAAUGAUGAAUUACUUUAAAUCUUCCCUGGAGCCAGUUGCAUGCCACGUCAUCUCACUGUUAGGCACAGAAAAAAAAAAAAAUUCAAAAUCUCUGUUUUUUUAGGAUUAACUUGCACAGUUUUUUAAGAUGAUUUUUAAGGAUAAAUGAUCCUUGCAUAACAUUCUGCUCAAAAUGCGUAUCUGAUCAUUAUGGCAGAUUGGCAUGUAGGAUAUCCACAGUGGAUAUGGCAUGUGGUCCCAGAGAUUUCCUUACAACAAGGAAACCAACUCAUAUCAACUCUGCUGUGCUGUGCCAUGUAAACAACCAGUGACCACACAAGGCUGUUCAUAUCCACAGAUGCUGACAUUAUUUGAUUUAUAUACCUAAGAGAGCAAACUGUUUUAUUUCAUAUAUUUAGUCUGUAAAUCUCACUCCUAUAUAUAUAUAUAUAUAUAUGUUUGCUUUAAUUUUGAAGAUCACUAGCAGUACUAUAGUAUCCUAUAGUAUUUGAUUAUCAGCCCGGCUCCAGAGAAAUCACUCAAGAUGAAUGGGUCCUUUGAUUGCUUUCUUUUCUUUGAUUGCUUUCUUUUCUUUUAAUAAAGAUAGGUAUGAUAGCCGUGUGUUAGUCAUUCUUCCAACUGCAUAUUGAAAUCUAUUAAAUAAUGUGAAUUUCUUUCUACACUAAUAUUCAAAGACUCUGUAGAAUUUGCAGUGAGCUAACAAUUCCACUAGAGCAAUUUGUUUAGAGUAGUGCCUUUUGAAUAUCAUGAUUGUUUCCUACCUGCUAUAGAAAUCCUCAGAAACCGUUUAAAUCUCCAACAUACUUUUGUCAAAUCAUUGCUAUAUUAAAACAGUCCAAACCUGAGAUACAGAUAUUUGAAGCUCCCUCAUUAUGUGUGCUGAAGUUGCUGUUUUUCACCUAGGUUUUGAAAGUUUCUGUUGUAUUGUUCAAUUUCCUCAGAAAGAUGAAAAGAGGACUUCUGUGGAGAUAGGAAGCUUUUUGUGAUGCCAAAUGCUCCUAUUUUAGCUGAAGUCACACCAGGUUUUAAAGAUUUCCUCGAUAUGUGUAGCAUUUAAACAGUGUAAAUUUCUAUUAAAAUUUAGGAUAAAGAAUAAAAGCAGUGGAAAACCA